UCAUAUGAAUGUAUUAAUACAUUGUAUUGAAUGAAUGAAUGUAUUAUUUAACGUAAAUUUAAUCUCAAUUUAUACACACAUUUGACACACCAUUUGAAUUGAAUAUUAAGUUCUAUUGUUUUGACGAUUAAUUAAAUCAAUUGAUUACUCAUUAAUGACAAUCAUAUCAUGUGAUUAUCAUAUGAUUUAUAUUUACUGAUAACUGAUUUUAAAAAGACUUUGACUAUUGUUAUCAUAUGUUUUGAUUGUUUUACUGUUAUUGUCAUUGAAUUAACAGUUAUUAUAAUUAAAUUGAAUGAUGUAUUCAACAAAUGAUAAUAAAAAACAAAAACGAUACGAAAAGAUUGAGUUCUUGGGUGAGGGACAGUUUGCCACCGUUUACAAAGCAAAAGACACGGAAACCGGUGAUAUUGUGGCCGUCAAAAAGAUAAAACUCGGCACAAGAGCGGAGGCCAAGGAUGGCAUCAACCGAACGGCUUUAAGAGAAAUAAAACUUUUACAAGAGUUGAAUCAUCCAAAUGUGAUCGGUUUGGUGGAUGUGUUCGGUCAUCGCUCUAAUGUAUCGUUAGUUUUUGAUUUUAUGGAUACAGAUCUCGAAGUGGUAAUAAAAGACACUAAUAUAGUGUUAACUCCGGCUCACAUAAAGUCAUAUAUUUUGAUGACAUUAGAAGGAUUGGAAUUUCUGCACAUGAAUUGGAUUCUUCAUCGGGAUCUAAAGCCAAAUAAUUUACUAAUUGGUGAAAAUGGUGUCCUAAAAAUUGGUGACUUUGGUUUAGCCAAAGCAUUUGGUUCUCCUAACAGAAUAUAUACUCAUCAAGUGGUUACUCGAUGGUAUAGAGCACCAGAACUUUUGUUUGGUUCACGAAUGUAUGGAACGGGUGUUGAUAUGUGGGCUAUUGGCUGUAUAUUAGCUGAAUUAUUAUUAAGGAUUCCAUUUCUACCCGGAAUGUCUGAUUUAGAUCAAUUGAGUAAAAUAAUGCAGGCUUUGGGAACACCAUCUGAAACGACUUGGCCUGGUGUUGAAAGUUUACCCGACUAUAUAACAUUCAAGUAUCAACCGGGAACACCACUUCGGGAAAUAUUUACGGCAGUCAAAGACGACUUAAUUGAAGUGUUAUCAUCAAUGUUAACAUUGAAUCCAUUGAAACGCUGCACCUGUACUCAGGCUUUACAAAUGGCAUACUUUAGCAACAAUCCCACUCCGACUCUAAGCGAACAUUUGCCACGACCUCAAAAUUCAUCGACAUUUGAUCCAGAUAUGUAUACCAGAGCUUCAAGUAAACGUAACUUAAGUGACAAAUUUGCACCAAUGGCUAAACGACUUCAUUUUGAUACUUCUCUCAAUUAACUCACAAUUUUUGUGAUAAAAAAAUAAAAUAUUUUACGAC